AUGGCAAACCUGUUUGAGUUGGCCGCGCAGCCCAGCGCGGGAGCCCGUGGCCUCGGGGGGAGGGUGAAGUCUUCGGGGCUUGUUCCCUCCUCUCGGCAGGUCACCAGCGAGAAGCUGUGCCGGGCCCGGCAGGAGCUGCACUUCCAGGCUGCCACCUACCUCUGCCUGCUCCGCAGCGUCCGGCGGCACGCGGCCCUUCACCAGGAGUACCACGGCAGGGGGGAGCGCUCGCCUGAGGAGGUCGCCGGCCUGGUGGGCUUCAGGUUGCCUCAGCAGCCGGGAGGGAAGGGCUAAGAUGCUUGUGUUGUGUUCCCUAUUUAUUCCUGAAUAAAUAUCCUGGACUAUGGAAACGG